AUGUCCAAGACCAAGACGAAGCAGGCGCGCCGCGAACUGAAACGAGACGGUGCCCGUAAAAUCGCCGCGCAUCAACGCAAAACUGCAAAGGCUGCAACAAUAUCGACCAACGCGCCGAAGCCGCCCAAGAAGAAACAAAAGAUGCAAGCACAGCCCGUGCAAGCGUCACAAAAGCACGACGUCCCAUUCGGCGAAUACGAGCACAUUCUGCUGGUCGGCGAAGGCGACUUCAGCUUCGCACGCAGCCUGGCCAUCGAACACGGCUGCGCAAACGUCACGGCCACCUCAUUCGACUCGGACACGGAAGUGCGCGAAAAGUACCCCAACUUCGAAAGCAUCCACGACGAAUUGACCCAACUCACACCGCCCGUACCCAUACAUCACAGCAUCGACGCGACCAAGCUAUCGAGCUACAAGCACCUGCGAUGCACGCGCGAGGACGACGACGAAGGCCAGGACGGGUGGGAUACCAUAUGCUUCAUGUUCCCUCACACGGGCGGACUGAGCACCGACGUGAACAGACAAGUACGCGCCAACCAAGCGCUGCUUGUUGCCUUCUUCAAAUCCUGCCUGGAGACAACGAGCGCGAAACAGCGACUGCAAAUCCUCGCGUCCCAGGUCCACAAGAACCAUCCGAGUCCGCUGCGUCCCCGUAGCCAAUUCUUGCGCAUGGGCGGUCGCAUCGUCGUUACGCUCUUCGAAGGCGAGCCGUACACGCUGUGGAAUGUCCGUGAUCUCGCUCGACAUGCAGGCCUCAAGGUGGUGGAGAGCUGGAAGUUUGAUGCUAGCCAGUAUCCCGGGUACAAGCAUGUAAGGACGCUAGGUACGAUCGAAGGGGGUGGCGCGUGGAAAGGAGAGGAUCGAGAUGCGAGGACCUAUGUCUUUGAGAAGAUACCACUAGUCGCCGACAGCGACGAAGAGAAGGAGCUCGAGAAAGAGACAGGCGUCAAGAAGGUGAAAGAAAGAACGAGGACGAGGACGAAAAGACCACGCAAAGGCAGUGACAGCGACGAUGAUUGA